AUGGAUUUGAGAAUGUAUUACUACCUGUUUAAAACAAACAGUUAUAGACACAAAUUUUCAAUCCAUAGCAAGUACAUAUCAGCUUUUUGUGUGCUCAGACAGGUUGGAGGAACAGAAAGCUUAAAUCCAGGGUCAUCUCUGUUGAGGAUCAUCCUGGUGGGCAGAACAGGCAGUGGGAAAAGUGCCACAGGGAACAGCGUCCUCUGCCAACAAGUGUUUAAGUCCACUGGGGCCCAGACACUGACCAGGACGUGCCAGAGAGCAACGGGCAAGUGGAACGGGAGGAUCAUCCUGGUGGUGGACACGCCCUCCAUUUUUGAGGCAAAGGCCCAGGACCAGGAGACAUACGAGCACAUAGAAUGCUACCUGCUCUCGGCCCCCGGGCCCCAUGUGCUGCUGCUGGUGACCCAGCUGGGGCACUUCACUGAGCAGGACAUGGUGGCCGUGACCAAGGUGAAGGAGGUCUUUGGGGCAGGAGUCAUGAGACACAUGGUCAUCCUCUUCACCCACAAGGAGGACUUGGUGGGCGAAUCCUUGGAUGACUAUGUAGCAAACACAGACAACCUCCAGCUGAAGAGCCUGGUCCAGGAGUGUGGGAGGAGGUACUGUGCCUUCAACAACCGGGCCACUGGGGAGGAGCAGAGGGAGCAGCUGCUGGAGCUGAUGGUCGUGAUCGAGAGGCUGGAGAGGGAGCUCGACGGUGCCUUCUACACCAACGACCUCUUCUUUGAUGCACAGAUUCUCCAGCAAGGGGGGGAUGAUGCACGUGGAGAAGGCCACAGGCUCUACCUGGACAAGGUGCAGUCACAGGUUGUAAAGCAAAAGCAAGAUCUG